AUCCUGCUCCUGCUGACAACCAGGCACCCUCCACACCACACCCAUGGCCUGCUACAACCGCUGCAGUCCCUGUGGACCCACCCCGCUGGCCAACAGCUGCAACGAGCCCUGUGCCCUGCAAUGCCAGGAUUCCCGCGUCAUCAUCAACCCUUCCCCUGUGCUGGUCACCCUGCCAGGACCCAUCAUGACCUCCUUCCCCCAGAACACCGCCGUCGGAUCCACCUCCUCCGCUGCUCUGGGCACUGAGCUCAAUGCCCAGGGACAGCCCAUCUCUGGUGGAUUUGGCUUUGGUGGCUUUGGCUACGGCCUGGGAGGCCUGGGCUGCUAUGGCAGAAGGGGCGGCUACAUCUGCUAAGGGCCCUCAGCAC